GCGGGUGAGAGUAGCAGAGAAACGAACAAUACAAUGGCCACCGACAACUCAAACCGGGUCGGGUUGGUUAUAUCCAGCACCGACUCUAUUCGGGUUUACCUAUCCGGAGCCUCCAACGACGCCACUCUCUCCGACGAACUCCGUCAAACAUCCUCCGAUCUCCUCCUCCGAUCCGAGAUACCCUACGCCUCUCUUCGUGCUCUCUGGAUGGCUUCUGAUCCAUCCACCCGACCCGACUUGACCCGACUCUUCUCGGGUACCCACUUCGUCUUCUCCAGCCCUAAACCCAGAGAGAAGAGUGAAGAAUUGAAAGCGAGGCUGAAAAAGCUGCAAGAUUUAGCGGAGAGGAAAGAGUAUCAAGAGCUUGUGAAGGAUAUUGCACCGAAAAAAGAUGUUGAGGAACCAUUCUCUUCUUACAAGGAUCAAUUAGGAUUUGGUUUGCAUGUUGUGGUUACCAUGUUUUCUGGCUAUCUUCUCGGAUAUGCAGCAUUUAGAGCAUUGUUUAAUCACAGUCCUACCAUGAAUGCUGCUGGAGGAAUUCUUGGGUUGGUUGGUGCCAUGCUUGUUGAAACUUUGCUGUUCAUUAUUAGAAGCUCCAAUGCAGAUGUCAACAAAACAAGAAAAUUUAGUCAAAAACCAAGAUCAUCCUUUUCAACAUCCAGGAUUAAGAAAACCCAGUAGACAUAAUCAGGUAGGUUGGUUAUUUCUCAGUCUUAUAUUGGGUAGCAAAAGCAAAAAAUAAAAAUAAAAAAACCAUAAAGUGUAGUCCAUUGUAAUUGUAAAACACUGUUCUCGGUUAUAAAAUAAUUUAAGAGUGGCAGUUACUUGAUAAAUUGGGGUUCCUUGGUCCUGGACUUUCUUAUGCGAAGGACAUGAAUUUUAUUUCCUUUUUAAGAUGAUAUCUACCUUGCUUUCCAACAAGGUAGUUGAACUUAUCUGGAUCCUCAUUAGGACUGUGCCAGUGUCAUGCUUUGACCUCAACAUGACAUGAGCCUUGCCAUCCCUUCUGACACUGCUGAAUAAAAGAACUAGCUAUUCUUCUUGAACUGAUCUGAGUUUUUCAUGAUCUUUGGCCUCUUGAGAUGUGGUUGUGAGGAUUAUGCAGGGAUUUUCCUUUUUCUCAUUUGUUUUGGUUGGAUUUUAGUUAGGGAGGUACAUGUAAAUAUGUAAUGCACCCAUAAAUUGUUGGGUGUUUCAUAUGUAUUUUAAAAGCUUGUAAAGGGACCAAGUCACAUUGUUUUGAUGAGGACCACAUAGUCAUCUUGUGUUUUGGUACAAAUUGCUAGAUUUGCUCCCCUUGCGCACACCAUAUUCAAGGCCUCACAACAUUUUACUCUCUGGGCCCAUUUCUGAAAGAGAGUUAAAUCUUGGGAUGUGUUUGCAGUCUCAAAUUUAUCUUGAAGCAAGUAAAUCCUUGAAGAGAGUGUUACUGACAUGUCUGAGUUACAUCUUGUUGCUGCUAUUCAAACAUAAAUUGUCCCAUUUAGUUCUGAUAAUCAAUAGAUGCAUAUGAACACUGUGCUUGCACUGAUUAUUGUAGUUUUAGUUCUUCAAGUUGAAGCAAUGGAUCAGCGCACCUCAUACUGUUGGUCUCACAGGAAUAAAUUUUAACCAUAUAAC